AUGGAUUUAUUACCAUUUCCUGAUGAUGAUGAUGACAGAGAAACCGUCAAUAGUUUUAGUGGUGUAGCUCCGUUUUCAUUUGUUGAAGAAGCUCCAUCUCAUAUUUUCAAUGGAUUUUCAUCAUCAUUGUUGAAUUUUGCUUCCAUUUGUUGCAUUAUUUUCAUGCUACUUGGAAUACCUGGAAAUUUAAUAACAAUUAUCGCAUUAUCACGAUGUAAAAAAGUACGAAAUGCAACUGCAGUUUUUAUAAUUAAUCUGUCAUGCUCCGAUUUGUCAUUUUGUUGUUUUAAUUUACCACUUGCUGCUAGCACAUUUUAUCAUAAGGAAUGGGUUCAUGGAGAUCUUAUGUGCCGACUGUUUCCAAUGCUUAGAUAUGGAUUACUUGCAGUGUCACUUUUUACCAUUUUAAUGAUCACAAUAAAUCGUUACAUCAUGAUCGGCCAUCCAAGGAUCUACCCCAGGAUAUAUCGACGUAAAUAUUUAAUUAUAAUGGUAGCACUGACAUGGAUAUGUGCUUUUGCUUCACUUGUUCAGACAUGGCGUGAGGAGUGGGGUAGAUUUGGAUUUGAUGAUAGUAUUGGAUCAUGUUCCAUUCUUCCCUCCGCUAGUGGAAAAUCUCCAAAAGAGUUUCUAUUUUUCAUAGCUUUUGCAUUGCCAUGCUUCUCAAUUGUUCUUUGUUAUGCUAGAAUAUUUUACAUUGUAAGGAAAGCUGCGAUUAAAACACAAGAAGGUCAAAUUAAACCAAAUAAUUCUGUUAAAUAUUCGAAUCAUAAAAAGCAUAAAGAAGGUCAACAAUCCAUUAGGAAAAAGACUUCGAAGAAGCUUGAUGAGAUUGAAAGCAUCUCCUUUAAUCCACCAUCUAAUAAGAAUAUCUCUUCUAAAAAAGAUGCAAAUGAUAAAGAAGUUGUAGUGAUUGAUAUUCUAAAAUCAGAAGAGGAAAGAGAACAGAAUGGCUACAUUCAAAGUGGAUCAUCAACCCCUACCGUUGUUUCACAACCUCAGAUUUCAAUAACUUCUGUCCUUUGUCUUCCUCCACAAGCAUUAGAAAAUCAAAUGAUAUUGUCAAAUGAUUCAGAAAGACCUCAAUCAAGUGAAUAUUCUUCUUAUUCGACAAGUAACUCAAAGUUGUCAUCGAGUGAGCGGGUAGAAAGUUCUGACUUUGAUCAAAGGAGUUCGUCUAAUAAAGUUUACGUCGAUUCUUUCCGUGAUGUAGAAUCAAGUGAUAUGCAGCAUCCAAACUCAUUUGUCUUGAAGAAAAAUGAUGCAGAAAUAAGAAGAAAAAAAUUAAAUGAUGUAAACAGAAAUGAUAAAAUUCAGCAUAAAAAGUCGUUAGCUAAUACAUCAGGUGCGUCAAUGAUUUAUGCUGGCAAAAUGUCUUCGAAGGAUCGACGAUUAUUGAAAAUGAUUUUAGCAAUUUUCGUCUCAUUUCUUACUUGUUACUUACCAAUAACUCUAACAAAAUUAUUUAACUCAAUAGGAAAUGUAAAUUUUUUAUUCAUAAUGGGAUAUUUGUUGGUUUAUAUGACAACUUGUAUCAAUCCAAUCAUCUAUGUUGUAAUGUCUUCCGAGUAUCGGCAAGCUUAUAAAAAUCUAUUAAUGUGUCGUUUGAACAAAAGUAAAGGAAAACCAAAAAAGAAAGCUAAUAAUUCGAAAAAAUAGAAAAUAAAUAUUUUUGUAAUCUCUGAAAAAUUCUAUACGAGUAAAUAUUAGAAGAAAAUCUUAAAAAUAACAAAAUUCGCAUUAAACAGUUUUGAAAAAUUAAAAAUCUAUUUAAGGCUAAUGAUAACAGAAAUAAAUGAAUAAAUAUUAAACAUCUUUUUG